AUGGAAGAGCAAGAAGUGCAAACUAAAUGUCCUGAAACCUUUACUUCCAUUCUUAAGUUAGCAGACAACGAGCUCAACUGGGCAGAAAUCCACCAAGACCUUGAAGAGUUAAAUUGGCUCCAAAAAGACACCACCAAAGAAGACGAUAUCAUCAAUGGAGCCUGAAAAGUUUGUGACCGCUGGGCAGUUUCUGUACUUGAAGGAGAACCGAUUUUUAAAAUUACAAAAGUGAAUCGAGUCAAAAUGUUUGUGAAUGAAAUCGUUUACAACCUUGUAAACAAUAAAGAAAAGCUUCGGCAGGUCUGUUUAGCUUGCAAAAAACAAGGAAGCGAACUAGCAUUCUUUAAAAAAGCCAAAACAAUGCUGUCAGCUGAAAAUGAAGAAGACAAAUUAUGCGCCCUUGCACUUACGAUAAACAAUAUUUAUAAAGAUUUAAAGCAAACUUUUUCAGCACUUUUUAUGCAUUUAGAUAAAUACCUAACCCUUGAGAUCAACAAAAAUCUGGCUACCUUUUUAGAUGAGCAGUUUUUCAAUCAGGUGAUAAACCCAGUCAAAUUUCAAUUAGAAGAAAACCCUCAGGUUAAACCACUUUUAGACGAAUACGAUAGAAAUUAUAUCUCACCAUCAAGCUAUGGAGGCUACUCGUCAAUAGGAUACUCUUCUUAUUCAUCCUAUUCUUCAUACCCAAAAGAAAACGUAUAUUUAGGAGAGCUCGAUGAUGACGGAAGAAGAACAGGGUAUGGAAAAAUCACCCAUUUCAAUGGAGACACCUAUGAAGGAUACUGGGAAGAUGAUAAGCCACAUGGAAAAGGAAUUUAUAGCUGGAAGGAUUGGGGCAGGUAUGAAGGCGAUUUCAAUAAAGGUGCCAUAUCUGGCAACGGAAAAAGAAUAUACACCUCUGGAAAUGUGUAUGUUGGAGAAUUCACCAAUGGGAAAAAGCAAGGAAGAGGAGAAUUAAGGUUCAAAAAUGGAGACGUAUAUGAAGGAGAAUUCGAUGAUGAAGAUUUUCAUGGAAAGGGUAGAUAUACUUGGAAAUCAGGAGAUGUUUUCGAAGGCACUUUUAAGAGAGACAAAAGAGAAGGAAGAGGCACUUUGACACUGUCGACUGGAGAAGUGAUUGAAGGAGAGUGGAAAGAUGGGGUGAUGUGCCAACAAGAGAAUACCCAAAGCUAA